UAGCCUUUGCAACGUAGGAACAUAAACACUUCCAUAAUUAAGCACCCUUCCCUUAUAAGUUUGCCUUCUAUAUAAAUAGUUAUAUAUACACACAAUCUCGUUGGGGAAAAGAAAACACAGUAGGAUCGUAUAAGCACUUCUUAGUUCUUACAAUGGCGUUCAAGAUCAAGAACGCCUCGCCUUUCUUCCUUCUUCUUCUUCUUCUCCAAUUCACCAUGACACUUCAAGAGGGAUCAACAAGUACUGGUGGCCACUGGGUUCAGCUGCAACGCAGCAUAGGCAUCUCCGCCAUGCACAUGCAAGUAAUGUACGACAACAAGGUGGUGAUCUUCGACCGCACCGACUUCGGCCCCUCCAACAUCUCCCUCUCCGGCCACCGCUGCCGCUUCAACCCCCGCGACCUCGCCCUAAAACUCGACUGCACCGCCCACUCCGUCCUCUACGACCUCGCCACCGACACGUUCCGCCCCCUCACCCUCCGCUCCGACGCUUGGUGCUCCUCCGGCGCCCUCACCGCCUCCGGCACCCUCCUCCAGACCGGUGGCUUCAACGACGGCUACACAAAACUCCGCUCCUUCACCCCUUGCCCUAGCCACAACACCUGCGACUGGCUCGAACACAAUAACCACAACCUCUCCACAAGCCGCUGGUACGCCUCAAACCAGAUCCUCCCCAACGGCAAAGUCAUCGUCGUCGGCGGCCGCAACUCCUUCACCUACGAAUUCGUCCCAAAGAACCAAAACGACGCGUCGUCGUUUUGGUUCUUACCGUUCUUGAAACUCACACGCGACCCCAACCGCGGCGAGGAGAACAAUCUUUACCCGUUCUUGCACCUCCUCCCCGACGGCAACCUCUUCAUCUUCGCCAACCGGAAUUCCAUUCUCUUCGAUUACACCAAAAACAAAAUCCUCCGCAACUUUCCAUUAAUCCCAGGCCAAGAAAAAAGAAACUACCCUAGCACCGCUUCCUCCGUUCUCCUCCCGUUAAACCUGACGGGACUAACUAACGGACAAACACGUUUGCCGGAAGCAGAGGUUAUGAUAUGUGGCGGCGCGUACCCCGGCGCGUAUAGCUUGGCGAACAAGUUAAGAAUAUUUCUAGAAGCUUCUAGAACGUGCGGGAGGUUGAAAGUGACGGAUGAAAAUCCUGAAUGGGUUAUGGAAGUUAUGCCAAUGCCUAGGGUUAUGCCUGAUAUGAUUUUGCUUCCUACUGGUGAUUUGAUUAUUUUGAACGGUGCAAUGAAUGGUAGUGCGGGAUGGGAGAAUGCGGUGAACCCGGUUUUGCAUCCGGUUAUGUAUAAACCCGGUUCGGCCGAUCCGUUUAAGUUACUGGCUCCAGCGAGUACUGGAAGAUUGUAUCAUUCUUCUGCAGUGUUGGUGCCAGAUGGCAGGGUUUUGGUAGGUGGGAGCAACCCGCACCGGGUUUAUGAUUUUCGGGCCAACCCGUACCCGACGGAGCUGAGUAUGGACGCGUAUUACCCGGAAUAUUUGGGGGUGGAAUUUGAGAACUUGAAGCCCUCCAUUCUCACGGUGGAGGCGGAGAAUAAUACGGCGUCGUACGGGAGAUUGUUUGCUGUGACGUUUGAACUGAAGGAGUACCGUGAGGGAGGGGUGGGAGUCACGCUCGUGGCGCCGUCGUUUACCACGCACUCGUUCGCGAUGAACCAGAGGGUGCUGGUUUUGGACGUUGUGGCGGUUCAGGAGGUGGCGAAGUUCGGCUACAAGGUGGUGGCGCGUGGGCCCCCCUCGCUCGCGGUGGCACCACCGGGGUAUUAUAUGCUUUUUAUAGUGCACGCGGGAGUUCCCAGCGCUGCGGUUUGGGUUCAGGUUAAGUGACUGAGGCUGCAUGGUUUGGAAGUUUGAAAUCAGAAUUAUGGUUUGGACAAAAAUGUGUAAGUUUUUGUCCAAAUGGUAAUUUUGAGUUUCAUAGGGGAAAUCGUAAUGGGAUAUUGAGGCAUUCGUGUGGAUGUAUAGAUUAGAGGGGUAAUUUUGAGGUUUCGACUCGAUCAGACACACCACCUAUUCUUUUUGCCCUAUAUGCUGUUGUACAUCUUUUUAAUUUCCCAUUUCAUGUUAUUUUUGGAAUUCUCUAUUCUGUUUAAGACUUUAAGUUAUCCAUCAGUUUUUGCUGAAUCUUAUUUUAUCAACCGAGUUUUUCUUUU